GAAGAGGAAGGUAAUAAUGAAGAGGAAGAGGAACGUAACAAUGACGAAGAGGAACGUAAUGACAACGAAGAGGAAGAAAUACAUCAAAUUGUUGAAGCUUUGGAUGAAGACAAAAUACCAUACUGCAAUGCAUAUGAAGACCUUGUUGAUAUCAUUCACAAUCCUCAAUUCGAACCUACUCAUGUAGUAAAAAAUAUCUCAAUUUUAAAAGAUGAAAAUGGAAACUAUGAGUUACGAGUUCAACUAAUUUUAAAUUAUGAUGAUUUAUCUGGAAAUAUAAAAGGGCUAUCAAGACGACGUCGUUCUCUAACUAGGGAAGUAUGGUUUCAGGAUGAACCAUUUAUAACCAUAAUUACCUCUCAAAUUUUAGAGAAAGUAACUAUAAUGAUGACGUAUAAACACCAAAUUAUUCCAGAAGGUUCAUUACGAAUUACUGAAAUAAUUUAUAAAUGUAAUGACCGUUGGCACGUUCGUGAUGCAAAGCUUUCAUAUCAACAUCCUUCAGAUUACAUUUCUGUCAGAAAUCCACCGUCGUCUAUGCCAGUUUAUAAGCUGUUUUUAGAUCUUUACUAUGAUGAUUUUGGUACAUUUAGAAAUGUAUACCAUUCCUUAGGUGGCGUCUAUAUACAGUUUGGUAACAUGCCAACGCAUCAGAGAAAGCUAAUCAAGAACCAUUUUGUUCUUGGAUUUAUUCCUUUUGGUGGAAAUUUUAACAAGUUUAUGGUACCAUUUGUUUCAGAAAUAAAAAAAUUUGAGAAAGGAAAGAUUAUGACCGUUCAAGGACAAGAUGCAUGGAUAAUUGCUGGGUUGGGCCUUGUUACAGCAAAUCUACCUCAAGGUAAUGAUAUGGCAGGAGUACUGAGGUAUUUUUCAAUUUAA